UCCAGCGUCUCCAGUGUGCGCUCUCGCUGCGUAAUGGCCACAGGAGCGUCUGCCACCGCCAACUCUCGUCUCCAGAUGGAUUACGAGACCAAGAUUUUUCCUCACACUGGCGGUUAUGGGCGCUAUAACCGAAUCGUGGUCGUCUUCAGCUGGUUCCCCAGUUUCGCGGUCACGUUGAACCUCUUCAGCGACGUUUUUUACACCCUGAUCCCGGAUUCGUACCACUGCAGAGCAGACCCGAAGCUGCUUCCCUCCACUUUCCUCCUCAGCAACUUCUCCAAACAGGGAUACCUGAACCUCACCAUCCCCUGGGUGAACGGCUCCGGGCUCAGCCACUGUCAGCUUUACAAAUAUCCUUCCAACACCUCGGAUUUCUCUCAUAACGUGCCGAAGGAGAGGGUGUCCUGCACCCAGGGGUGGGAGUACUCUGUUGCAGCGGGGCUGCAGAGCAACUUUGUGACUGAGUGGAACCUGGUUUGCAGUAACUACUGGAACGUCCCUGUGCAGCACAUCUGCUUCAUGACAGGGUGGAUUCUGGGAUACGUCUUUCUUGGAACACUGUGUGACUGGUUGGGUCGUCGGAGAACUUUUCUCCUGUCCAUCAGUCUGUCCAGUGUGUUUGGGGCGACCGUCUGUUUGUCCAACAGUCCGGUGGUGUUUCUGCUGCUGCGUCUGUCUCAGGGCGUCAUGCUGGCCGGAGUGUUUCUGUCAUCCUACAUUGCCAGGUUGGAGCUGUGUGACCCUCCACAUCGUCUCAUGGUCGCCAUGAUCGGCAGCUUCUUCGGUGUGUUUGCAGAGCUGCUGUUGCCAGGCGUCGCUGUCCUGUGCCGUGAUUGGCCCGUUCUCCAAGCGGUGGCCACGCUGCCUUUGCUCCUGCUGCUUUCCUAUUGGUGCUGUGCAUCAGUUUUUCCAGAGUCUCCUCGCUGGCUGUUGGCCACAGCUCAGAUUCCUCAGGUGAAGAAGAGCCUCCAGGAAUUCUCCACCAGAAAUGGUGUUUUUCUGCAGGAUGAGAUCUAUCCGGGUGAAACGCUGCUUUCAGAGAUAGAUUCAGUGUACGGAGAAGACUGUCAACCGAGUUAUCAUUCAAUUCUGGAGAUGCGUCGGACUCGUGUCAUUUGGAAGAACUGCCUCAUUCUCAGCUUCACACUGUUCAUUGGAACAGGCAUCCAGUACUGUUUCACCAGAAACCUGCACAGUUACUCCACCAACUUCUACUUCAGCUACUUCCUCCGAGUGACAACAGGAGCUGUCGGCUGCGUCUUCAUCUGUCUGUCUGUGAAUCACUUUGGUCGGCGUGGCAUGUUGCUGCUGUCCGCCAUCAUCACUGGACUGUCGUCGCUGCUGCUGCUGGCCCUCACUCCGUACCUCCGAGGUGGCCUGGUGUUGGUGCUCUCUGUCGUGGGUUUGCUGUUCUCUCAGUCUCUCGCGAUGCUCAGUGUGUUCUUCGCCUCUGAGGUGAUGCCAACUGUCGUUCGAGGUGGCUGCCUUGGAUUGGUUCUGGCCUCGGGUUGUGUUGGCAUGGCCGCCUCCUCCCUGAUGGAGCUCCAGAACAAUGGCGGCUACUUCCUCCACCAUGUCAUCUUCGCCUCCUUCGCUGUCCUCUCUGUCCUCUGCAUUAUGCUCCUACCAGAAAGCAAACGCAAGCCGCUGCCAGACUCCCUGAAGGAGGGCGAGAGCCAGCGACGGCCGCCUCUCUUCCUGUCCCGACCCGACAGAGACAACCUUCCUCUGCUGUGCACACGGCAGCCUCUGUCAGAGUACAACCCUGACAACUAUUCCCGCCUGGUCUCUGCCACCAGGAAGAUGCUGACUAAAGAUAAUUUGGCUUAUAGGAUUGCUGUGCCAACUCAUCCCCCUCUGCUGUCGGACAGUGACAAACAGGAACAAGAGAAUGAGACACAGAAAGAGAUUGUAUCUUGACUCUGUUAACAGACUCUCCUCAUCCUCCUCUGUACAGACUUGGAUUAUCCUUCCUAUUUCCAGACAUACCUCUAACAGUCUACAACCAGCCUUAACUGAAAAAAUUGUAAUUGAAGAACUGACCUCAAUUUGGAUGCACUUUAGAGCGAUGGCUCCAACUGACAGUUUUUGCAGUAUGAGGUGCAAUCAAGCGACUGUAUCUGAUUUACAUAAAAUCAAUCCUCCCUUCAAAGUAGUCUUUUUGUGCAAUGACGCGCUGCUCCCACUGAUGGCACCACGUUUGUAAAGCUCCCUGAAGUCCAGUUCUGACCGCUUUGCAAUUUGCAAUUUCACCAUGGACGUCAAAAUAGCACAGACAUGAAACAUAAACGUCUGUGUCUGAUUAUGUUGAGGAUCAGCACUGAUGACGAGAGUUGGGUCCAUGGCUAUGAACCACAGACCAAACAGCAAACCUCAGUGGAACGGCAUGCAGACCCCAAGACUAAAGAAGUUGCAUCUGAUGAGCAGUGCAACAAACAGCAUGCCUGUAAAUGUUGUGAAUUUGUCCCACAGCUACUGAGUUCAGAAUAAAUGACCUGAACUGCAGCACAUGCAAACAUGUGCCUUAUCACAGUGCAAUUAUUUGAUUACAUCAACAUAUUCAUAGCUCUUCCACCACCCGACUCACCAGAUUUGGCUCCCUGGUCUUCCUCUUCCCCCCAAGGUGGAGGACAAGCCGUGCAUAUUGUGACUUCCAGUCGAGUCUUCAGUGUUUAUUCCAAACGUGGCAGGAGCUCUGGGAGCAGAGGAUCACUGCACGAGAUCACUACUUCAAAUAGGACGUAGAUCAAGUUUAACUCCGGUGUUGUUUUUGCUUUUUAUAGGCACAGUCUUGUUACUUCUUGAUUGCAUCUCAUAUCCGUGUUUUGUUGUUCUAUUUUACUUUUGUAUGGUGACGUUUUCUCAUUUAGAGUCAGGGAUUGUGCUGGGUAACUGUGGCCUUAUAUAGCUAAAGUUUCUUGUUAUUCAGAACUUUGAAGGGUCCAGGAAUUUUCCUAUUGAAGUGUAACACUGCAUGUUCUGUAUGUUUUCCUGAGGUACUUGCCCUUGAUAGUGACCUCACACUGACAAUUUAGUUUCAAUGCCUCCACAGAGAUGAGAAGACAUUAGUUUCACCAGAUGAACUCUGUUUUGCGGCUGCUACCAAACAUGGAAGCAGAGGCCUUUAAUCAUUUAUUUGUAGCCUAACGCAUGCACUUUUCAUUAAAUCUGUCUGAUUCCCCAGAAGUAUCUCAAUGCUGAGAGGAGCCUGAGAUUGACCAGGAAGCACAGGACUGGUUCAAACUGGUCUUGUAAGAUAUGAAAAAGGGUGCUAAGUGAUGCACUGGUUAUUAAUAUGAUGACAGAGUCAAUGGAUCUUCAUCUAGCAUUUUUAACGUUACCUUGUCCCACUAACAUGUCUCAGUAAUGCAAAUAUUAUGGCUAAAUGUUAGUAUUUAGCUAAAUGUUGGGCUGUUAUGAGUGGAAAAAUCAGACUCGAUAAACCACUUGGGUUUCCAAGGUUAGAUUGAAACAAUAUGUUUUUUUAAACUUCUCUUUUUGAAUAUGACAAUAGCUGAUGAAUUUACAAAUGUACUUAUCACUGUUGCUUUAGUCUGUCUGGAGUCACACAACUGAAGCAUAACACUGGUUUCACUGCUUCAGACUUAAAUAGGACCAGACAUAACUGGAGGGCAUUAGAUAUUUCCACAACUUAUCAUUUAAUGUUUCUCUAAUUCUAUAUAUAUUUAAUAAGACGUUACAUUGUGGAUUUACUUCUUUCAGCUGUUACUGGAAUAGUUUUGUGGUUUUCAAAGUUGCCUUUUGUAAGAUGUCAUUGAGUAAAAGUUUACUGUUUGUGAACCCUUAGUCAGAAUUUAUUAAUUUACCUUCAGUAUGCAAGCAAAGGUGCUUUUGUAUUAACUGAAGGUGAUAGUUGGUCAUAGAAACUGAUAUUACAGUUUGUUACUCCCCCAAGGAACAGCGGAGUUAUGUGACGAUUGGCUUAUGUUUGUCUGUGAAUCUGUCUGUCUGUCUGUCUGUCUGUGUGUAACCUUACUCAAAAACGGACUAAUGGAUUUGGAUGAAAUAUUCAGGGGAAGUCAGAAAUGACACAAGGACCACCUCAUUAAAUUUUUGCAGUGAUGCGGCUUAUAGUCUGGAUCCACGGCUUUGUUAAGGAUUUCCCAUUGCGAGAUAUAGCUGCCAGCACGGCAUUGCUGUAACCAUGAUAACAAGUGAACACUGUGUCAGUUACCUGCUGACGAUCACAUGAUUGCGAUCCUACUACAAAUUGACCCAUUCAAAUCAUACAAGGAACAAAUGAUUAAACUGUGGGCUGUUUCUGAGUCCCAUCGAUUCCUGCUGCCCGCUACAUAUUUAGGUCACGUGAUGUAGCAAACCCCAGCCAGACAAUGGAGAAGCUCCUGAUGUUUCACAAAGCCUUUAUUUACAUUCAACCAUCAGCCUAAUUUUGAACAAAAAGUCACCUUUCUGUCCUUCACUCCUUUCUCCAGGAAACACCGUCAGAGCUUGUCUCCAUUCCAGCAAGGUGCUUCUAAGUUUAGACACAUCCUUUGCUGGACAGCACCAGCGUGGAACCGUUUUCUUUCAUCUUUACGUGAAUUUUCUGACUUUUUGGCAGCGUCUUCGUCAUGUCAGAAACUGCGUCUUAGAUAAACACUUCCUGUGCCGCUGGAAUGGUGACAAAAUAAAAGCCCAUAAUGUUAAAAAUACACCUUCAAAAUAAAAGCAUGGAGGGAACGGUUAUUUUAACACUAGUAAAACAAAGGCUUGCCAAAAGUGAUAAACUGAUCAACAGACCUUUGUAAGAGUCAUUUACACACAAUUCGGUAUCCAUACAUAACAUGCACAUGAAUAACACAUGCCUGUGUCAGCACAAGGUCAUUUUUUAUUAAAUAUUUCAUCCAUCGGAAAUGAUACGUCAACUGAGCAGCGUUGGUGGAGAACUGCACACUCUAAGUGCUUUUCUAGUGGUUUAGUAUGUUGUCCAAAAUAUGACCAAAACAUCAUAGUUUAGUAUGUCGUCCAACAAGUGGUAAAAAGGUGCCCGGGUAGCUCAACUGGUUAAGAGCGUGACUAAUAAACAGGACUGUGUCAAACACAGGUUUGAUUCUAGCUCAUAGCCUUUUACUGCAGGUCUUCCCUACUUUCCUGUCUUCUUCUCUAUUUAACGAUUGAAUAAAACCAACAAAACAUA